AUGAAUAUAGACAUUAGAGAGUAUACAGUUAGACAAGACACCUAGAAAGAUUCUUAAAAAGAUAAAGAAUCUUUCGAAAUCCCACCCUAGCUUCUUUAGACUUAAAGAUCAAAGACUCCUUUAGGUCUAUUUAAUACAGCUCAACUCUCUAAAAAUAAAUCUCUGAACAAGCUCUUCUAGCAAACUAUUUACAUUUCGCCUUCGUCCAAAGGAAUGCUUAAGCUAGAUGAACUUUAGAAAAAUUAGGCAAGAGAACUGAAUAAUGAGAAAAGUUUGCUAAUGAGGAUCAAUAAACUGUAGCAAAUUAACAGUGUUUUGAAAAAAGAUUUAUUGGAUAAAGCCAAUAAGAUUGAUGAGCUGGAAAGAGAAGUAUCUAUUCUAAAGACUUUAGUAGAAGAAGAGCAUUUAGAGCACUAUAACUGCGUCCUAAAUUAGAGUGAAAAACUCAAAUAGGAAAACAAAGAAAUGAAGCAAUUUCUUGAGGAUUAUGGUUUCAAGUGGUUAGGCUCAAUUGAUCAGAUGAAAACUACAAAUGCAGAUGAAAAGAAAAAGUUAUUUGAAAUAAUGAAGAAGGACUAUACAACCUUCUAGGAUCCUAUGUUUAAGAAUCAAUAAUUAAGCGGUGUUCCAAGCCUUGCUAUUGAAGAAAUAAAAAAGAAAGUUGAAGAGUUGAACAAAAAAUCUGAGAAGCAAUAUGCAAAGAGGUAAAAUGGUACUGCAAUUAUAGACAAGGAUAAACCUUUGUUAUUUCAUUUGUUUAGAAAUGGCUUGAAACUAGGUAGUUUGCCUUACUACCCAUAUUUCUCGAAGGAAGGACAGGAGAUAUUAUCUGAUAUAUAUGAUGGAUUCUUCCCAACAAGAUUGAAAGGAAAGUAUUUUGAAUGUACUCCUAUCAUUGUUAUGGAUGAGACUAAUUUGUUAUUUGUACCUCAAAUGAAGAAAAUUAUGUAGAAAGCAAUGACAGAUGAAGAAACUUCUCUUAAUAGCGUUACUAAAAGAUUGACUUUGUCAAGGUUAAGAAAGGUUUCUUCUUUAAAUAUGGAUAGUUUGAGUGCCAGAGACUCAAAUUUUAAACCAAGUCCUAAAAUGGAAUCAAAGAUCCCCACAAUUUCCCCAGCUCCACCCUAGAAAGCUGACUUUGCUCCAGAAUUGAUUGAGGUAGAGACUGAGAUCUAUAAAAUUAUGAAGGAGCACGCUGUUAACACUUUUCCUAGGGAAAAUUUAGUUGAAAUAACAGUAAAAACUGAGAAUAAAAAACGGCAGUUGCUUAUCAAAAUGGGGAAAAAGGAAACUAUCGCUAGGCUAUUCGAUUAUGUUUACGUUCAUAGAGAAACUAUGGAUGUAAAAAAUAGGGAUAGAUUUGAAUUGAGGACUAUUUUCCCUCUAAUCAAACUCAAGCAUAAUGAUAAUAGAACUUUGGAGGAGCUGGGAUUCGUACAGAGAAAAUCUCUAGGAUUUUAUUUGCUGCCACCUCCUGAUAAAAAUAAAGAAGGAAAAUCGCUCUUGAACUGA